UUACCAAACACAAAGAGAACAUAAAACCAAAAAAGAAACUAAAUUAAAUGCUUACAAAAACAAUCCUUAAUUUCAAAUUUAAUAAUAAUAAAUUAAAUACCACAUUUAUCGUAUAAAAAAUGAUAAAUAAAUAAUAAUAAAUAGGAUAGAGACCAAUUCAAAGUGAAUGAUUAAGGAGAAAAGAAAAGUAAUUGAAUUUAUUUAAUUAAGGAUUAAAUUGCAAAACCAUUGUCAUUAACUUCUCAAAUCCUACUUAUAAAUACUCAUUGGAAUUAUUGAUCAAUAUUGGGAAAUAUAAUAUAAUAACAAAAUGUAUUAUAAAGUUGCAAAGGCAUCGGAGUACCUGGUAAUCACCGGCGCCGGAAUCGACGACGUAAAGCUAGUGAAAAAAGCAUGGAUUCUCCCAGGUCAAUCUUGCACAGCCUUUGACCUCUCUCCGGUCAAUUACACCUUCGAAGUCCAAGCCAUGAGUGCCGAAAAGCUCCCCUUUGUCCUCCCGGCCAUCUUCACCAUCGGUCCACGUGCCGAUGACAUCAAGAGUCUCGAACUCUAUGCCAAGCUCAUGACAACUCACGACAAGCUCUCUCACCACGUGAGAGAGCUUGUCCAGGGAGUCAUCGAGGGCGAGACUCGUGUUCUCGCUGCCUCGAUGACUAUGGAACAGAUCUUUAGAGGUACUAAAGAGUUUAAAAGAGAGGUUUUCGAUAAAGUUCAACUCGAACUUAAUCAAUUCGGGCUUGUGAUUUACAAUGCUAAUGUGAAACAACUCGUUGAUGUGCCCGGACACGAGUAUUUCUCUUAUUUAGGGCAAAAGACUCAGAUGGAAGCGGCGAACCAGGCUAAGAUUGAUGUGUCUGAGGCUAAGAUGAAAGGUGAGAUUGGUUCUAAACUCAGAGAAGGUCAGACGGUUCAGAAUGCCGCGAAAAUUGAUGCCGAGACGAAGAUUUUGUCGACGCAAAGGCACGGUGAGGGUAUGAAGGAGGAGAUUAGGGUUAGGAGUGAAGUGAAGGUGUUUGAGAAUGCGAGAGAGGCUGAGGUGGCUGAGGCUAAUGCUGAGCUGGCUAUGAAAAAGGCGGGUUUGACUAAGGAUGCACAAUUGGCGGAGGUCGAGGCGGCCAAGGCGGUGGCACUAAGGGAGGCUGAGCUACAACAAAUGGUGGAGAAAAUGAAUGCUUUGACAAUGACUGAGAAGCUCAAGGCUGAGUUCCUUAGCAAAGCUAGUGUUGAAUAUGAGACUAAGGUACAAGAAGCAAAUUGGGAGCUGUACAAGAAGCAAAAAGAAGCAGAAGCAAUUUUUUACGAAAAGCAGAAAGAGGCAGAGGCGAAAAAGGCGAUAGCCGAAGCCGAGCUAUACGCACGGCAACAAGCGGCGGAAGGAGAAUUGUAUGCAAAGAAGAAAGAGGCAGAGGGACUCAUUGCUUUGGGUUCAGCUCAAGCCACAUAUGUAACCACUCUUCUACAAUCUCUUGGAGGUAACUACCAUGCUUUGAGAGACUAUCUCAUGAUUAACAAUGGUAUGUUUCAAGACAUUGCCAAGAUCAAUGCUGAUGCUGUUCGUGGUCUUCAACCCAAGAUUAGUGUCUGGACUAACGGUAACGGUAAUGAAGGAGAUCAUAAUAAUAAGGCUAUGAAAGAGGUUGCUGGAGUUUAUCAAAUGUUACCGCCGUUAUUUAAGACAGUUCAAGAACAGACUGGAAUGUUGCCACCUUCUUGGAUGGGAACCUUGUCCACUGAUUCUCCUAUUGAUCACUCACCCAAUUCUCACACUUAAAUGGCCUUUUUAUAAUUAUUAUUAUGGAUUUUAUAUAUUUAUCUUUUGUUCAAACAGUUUUUUUUUUUUGUUGGUCUACCAAGACAUUUUAGAAUUUAUAUCAUGAAUUUAUAAA